AUGGGCGUGGCUGGUCGCUACUCGCACCCGCCUGCGUUCCUUUCUGGUGCUAAUGUGGUGUGCGGUUCAUGCGGUGGGGGGAAGGCUGGGAUCCGGUGGCUGACGAUGUUUGGAGAGCCUGACGCUCGUCGGCUCUCUGGCGACUGGAAUGUCUAUUCCCCUUCCAAGCUCCUCAGUCCCCUAACCCCACGAAUCUCCCUCCUUCAAGACCCGUGCCCGCUAGGCAUCAACCUUCUUACCCUAUACUCUCUACACUCAAAUCUUUCCAGACAGUCCUUACACCUUCUAUCAGCCCUCAAAACACUCCCCCCCUCUUUCGCCCCUCAUCCUCCUCAAAGUCGUCUUUCGCAUGUUCCCCCUUUCUCCCCCCCCUUCAAAGAUCACCAUCAUGUCCAGUCUCGGGCAGGGGACACUCGCCCGAACGAUUUUGAUGAAUUCUUCGCGGGACUUGAUGUAGCCGAUUUCAAUCCAUCUCUCUGCGUUCCCAUCCUCAGUGAUGCAGACGUGGAAUGCUCGCGCUCACACCAGAGCGUCUCCUAG